AAUCGUUGAAACAGGUUCUCCUUUUCUAGUCGCCGUUUAAGUUAGAGGUGUUUGCGAUGGCCGCCCUGAAGAAAUCUGUGAGCUCUUCCCUUAUGGGAACUCUGGCCGCCAGCUGCCUCCUUCUCGUUGCCCUGUGGGCGCAGGGAGGAGUGGCUGUGCCCAUCAGUUCACACUGCAGGCUGGACAAGUCCAACUUCCAGCAGCCCUAUAUCACCAACCGCACCUUCAUGUUGGCUAAGGAGGCUAGUUUGGCAGAUAACAACACAGACGUUCGUCUCAUUGGGGAGAAACUGUUCCACGAAGUCCAUAUGGGAGAGCGCUGCUAUCUGAUGAAGCAGGUGCUGAACUUUACCCUUGAAGAAGUGCUGUUCCCCCAAUCUGAUAGAUUCCAACCCUAUAUGCAGGAGGUGGUUCCCUUCCUGGCCAGACUCAGCAACAAGCUAAGCCAAUGUCAUAUUGGCAGUGAUGACCAGCAUAUCCAGAGAAAUGUGCAAAAGCUGAAGGACACAGUGAAAAAGCUUGGAGAGAACGGAGAGAUCAAAGUAAUUGGAGAACUGGAUUUGCUGUUUAUGGCCCUGAGAAAUGCCUGUAAUUGAACACAGCGAAGCUGGAUAGUGGAUGACUAACCCUUCUUGCCCACUAGAAAUAACAAGAUCCUUGAAGGUUUUCUUUCACCAAAAGGAGAAUGGGAAGUCAAACUUUAUAAUCAUGGGUGGAUUCUAAGUAAACCCCUGCUUAGCUUAAAAAAGAGAGCAAUGUCACCUGGGUCCAUAGGACCAGAAGGUAGACCUUUCAAGCUUAAUGAGAAUUAUUGAUAAAAUUUUAUUGUG